CCUGGCUCAUUCGCUCCCCGACCGCGGUGGCGUAAACACGUCUCGACGUACGGCGUGUUUGAAUAAACACGAUCGCGAAAAAACUUUUCGGUGCGGUGACAAACUAUUGAGUUUAGACUCUCGAAAUUUGAACACGAUUUAAUUGUGUUGUGAGUUUUUCUAAGUGGUAAGAGACUGAUCAACGCAGCGGUUGCACUGAAGAGCCUAAUUACGAGCUAGGCUAAUUGGCGGGACCGGCGUUUCAUGAAGUGCGAGAGGCGGACGCCGCAGCAGGCAAGCGGCGGCAGUCCUGGGCUGGGAGCCCACAUGCUCGCCAUGGAUGUGACCAAGGAGGCGCGCGCGUCCCCCCUGCCCGCCGGCAGCCAGACCGGCGCCGCGGCCGCCGCGCAGCCUUCGCAGCCACAGAUAUGCGCUGGAUGCAGCAAGGUGAUCACGGAGCGGUAUCUGCUGAAGGCGCUGGACCAGCUGUGGCACGAGGACUGCCUGAAAUGCGGCUGUUGCGACUGCCGGCUCGGGGAGGUGGGGCACACCCUGUACACGCGAGCGAACCUUAUACUGUGCAAAAGGGAUUAUUUGAGGCUAUUCGGCAACACGGGCUACUGCGCGGCGUGCAACAAAGUGAUCCCGGCCUUCGAGAUGGUGAUGCGCGCGCGCACCAACGUCUACCACCUCGAGUGCUUCGCGUGCCAGCAAUGUAACCAUAGAUUCUGCGUCGGCGAUCGGUUCUACCUGUGCGAAAACAAGAUCCUUUGCGAGUAUGACUAUGAAGAGAGGUUGGUGUUUGCCAACAUGGCGUACAACCCUCCGCCUCUUGCGCAUCUGAAGAGGCAGACUACCCACCUGCCACCUCCACCGACAAGCAACGCGAUGAGUCUCAUGAACGGCUCCAGCCGCUCCGGGGAUCUGAACAACAACAUGUCCGGGUCUUCCCCGGCGCCCUUCGCGCCCCCCUCGCACCUCAAGCCCCUCGGCCUGUCCGCGUCCAGCUGAGACUACCGCGUCUGAGACGUCCAUCCCUACGUCAAGUACCAAAACUGAGUGAACUUUACUACAAUUCAGUGAAGCGUGAAUUAUUCACCAAGUGUGAAUUAUUCGUGUCCUGAACAAUGAAUAUGAAUAUGUGAACUGUUUCAAAUUUCAAUAUUCCGUGUAUUUCGGUAAGUGUAAACAAAAAUGUUUAGAAGUUUGUAAGUCAGUAGUUGUUAUAAAGCUAAUGCCAAAACUCACUUGGGAGCACAAUUCUCCCGUGACUUCGAUAGACAAUUUAUUUCUCCUUACGCGAAAGAUUUAGAUAGAUUUAUAUUAAAAUGUAAUGAAUAUUAAUGUUUUAUUAAUCUCAUAAGAUGAUCUCAUAAGGGCAAUCUCGAAUUAGAAUAAUGUUUCAAAUAUUGUGUAAACUGAUUUAAAAGUAAAUAAUGCGCGGGAAAAACUGCAUUGUUUAAAAAGGGGUUUAAUUUCGAGAUAUAACUAUAAAAUACUUUUACGUGAAUUAUAUGACUAACAGUAUACAUAAAUACGUUUAUAUACCACGAUAACAAAUCUAGUGUAGUGUCAGUCAAUCUCUAAAGUUCCAUAAAAAUCGGCAUGUGCCUGCUUGCCUAUGUGUGUGUAUUCACGCAAAACAAAUGUGUGGUCAUGUGUUAUACGUGAAUACACACACAUCUCAAGAUGACUCAACAAUUUAAUAAUUGUUUAAAUAAAUGUUGGAUAAAUGUGUAAAAAGAACGAGAAUGUGGGUAGUUAGAUAUUGUCUGUGAACUUUCAACACUGCAGUCUCGUCUCAACCACGAUCCGCGCAACAACUCUUAGUUGAAAUAUCAACAUGUCGUGGUAUGUAAAACCUGUGUCUAUCAAGUAUCUGUUAAGUUUAAAAUCUUAACUGAAUGAAAGAGAAUGAAAAAAAAUAUGAAUGAUGAAUUUUAGAUACCUAAUUCUUAUCAUGUUCUGAUGUAAAUAUUUAAAAUGUUUUUAAAUAUAUUUUGUUAAGUAUCAAUAUGUAGCGAGCUGUUUCAAAGAUCAAAUUUAAUUUUGACUUUUUUUUUUAAUUUUUAUUGUAAUAAUUUUGGCUUGGCCAAAUAGGUACGUAUAACAUUUAUAUUUUCAAAAGCUCGCCAUCUUGUUAUUUCGUUUUGUACCUAUGAUGUAUAUUAACUGUUAAGUUUACUAUAAACAUUGUUGUAAUGUUUGUAUUAUUUAUGUAAAUAAAAGUAUUCGUAAGUAGACUAUUUGUAUCUUACAUUAAAUUACUUUACAUUGGUGUAUAUGAAAUAUUUAAAUUAAAUAUAGUAAAUUAAUGUGGAAAAAACCUUGUUAUAUAAAAAUUUUAAAUUUCAUCAUUAUUCAUAAAACAGUUCAAAUUAGUUUGUUUAGUGUUUCUUUUUAUUCUCGUAUAAUAAUUACGAGUAUUAAUAUUAAUUAUUUAGAUUUCUGCAUUUAUGUAGGUAAAAUCUCAUGCAUUCCUAAUUGUAUAAAAUGUUGCUAUCAUGUGAACCUUCUGUGAACAAUUUACAUUAAAUGUGUCAGAUUCUUUCCAAACCAAUGAUAUGACCAAAGAAGUAGCCGAAUAAAUUCUUGUUCAAAAUCAAA